CUCACGACCGUCUACCUCUUGUGCAUGCUUGUUCUGCACGCUUAGUUUUUGCAGUCAGCGUGCACUGAUAGCACGCAAUUUUUAUCCGUUACUGGAAUAGUCACUCCUUCAAACCUGCCACUAUUUAAUUUUUUUUCCAACAUAAUUUUAUUAUGUACCACUUCUCAUGGCUUAAAGGUACAUAGUACCUAAGUAGGGAAUUCACAUCUGGGCCUUAAAAUGCUUCUAGGCCUUAUAAUGUUAUUUAUGUAACCGUACAUGUCGUGUGAUAUUAGUGUUUCUGUUCCUAAUAUCUCUCUCUGCCAGUAUUCUUAAAUUGGCGUACUGGGGUUCGUGUGGUUUUUAUAUAGAUUUUUUUUUUUAAAAAAACAUAUUUUUAUCCUUAUAAUUUUAUUAACGCUAUAUCACUGAUCCUAAUAAAGGUAAAGAUUUUCGCUGGUAUGUAAUGCUUGCUUUGAUUUACUGAUAAUUAUUCGACAAUUUAAAAAAAAAAAAUUGUAAAAAUUCAACUGGUUUUAGAAAGUAUUGUACAUCUACAGAGUCAGUCUGAAUUCGACGGACGAACUUCAGCAGCAGGUUUAUCACGACAAAAUAAGUUUAAAACGAGUAUACGACUAAUGGUCUUCAGCAUUUCCCAAGGCUGGGUGCAUACAUGUCUUUGAAGUUGGUGCUGAAUAACAUUUUUAUUGUAAAUAAUGAAGUAUUUAAGGUAUAGCAGUGGGCGUCUGGAUUAUGUUCAUUUGAAUUAAUAUCUACAACCACCGCAGAAUUUGUCGCGGUAGAAAAAAUUAUUUCUUUGAAAUAAUUGGGACAGUGCCAUGCCACAAAAUGUGGGGGAAAAAAAAAAAAAAAAAAAAAAUUAACUCCUAAUUAUUUUAAUGAAAUAAUUUUGCUAGUUACAAAAUUUGCGAUGGUUGUAGAACUUCAUCCUCGUUCAAAUAAACACAAUCCAGAUUCCCAGUGCUCCUCCAUCUUAAAUACCGUCUCAAUUAAUUACAACAAAAUUAUUGUUCGGCACCAACUUCAAAGAUGUAUACAAGCCUUGGAAAGCACUUUUAUACCAUUAUUCGUAUGUUUUCAAUUUAUUUUGUUGUGAUGAACCUGCAGCUGAAGUUUCUAGGUCGGAUUCAGACUCAUUACAUGUAUGUAUGUAUGUAUGUAUGUAUGUAUGUAUGUAUGUAUGUAUGUAUGUAUGUAUGUAUGUAUGUAUGUAUGUAUGUAUGUAUGUACGUACGUUAAUAUACUGAAUUAUAAUCCAUUAAAUGACGUGUAUAGAACACACAAAGUGCUACAUGCAAUGAAGUCUGAAGCUGCAGGCCUGCUCAUAUAAUUAUUAUAUUUGUAUAAAACUCGACAACUUUUUUUAAAAAAAAAAAUUGUGAAUUUUAAUCACGAUUAUGAAUAUUUUUUUCGAUUCAACCUAUUUGGGGAGUUAGCCAUAACAGUUCAGUUGAUUAAAUAAUAUAAAUACGCUCAUCACUGACUCUUAACGCUGUUACAACCUACUAGUAUUCAGCAGCCAACUGAAUCGCGAGAUCCCUAUAAAAGACGGACUCAAACAUGGCAAAAAAAAAAGAAAACUGUGGUUCUUGUUUGUAACUGCGACACACGAGUGUGAAAACGCGCAGCCAUUGUUGUUAAGCGUGGUUCUCGACGAUGGCUUGUUUGUCGUCCACAUCGUCAGUUUUGUGUCGAGAAAGGCAGUAUUAUUAUUUUUUUGACGGCGUUAUCAGCUUUGACUUGCGCUAUCGCGGGUCCGUCGUGCAGGCGUCAUGCGCGUGGCAGUCGCGGUGGUGUGUGCUCGCUCUGCUCGUGACCAGUUUCCUCUGGCGCGUGGGAACUGGCCCGCGCGCUCGUGUGUAGACCCGGGCAUGAGUGUCGUGGGGCGGAUGUGCCGUGUUCUGGCGGGAGCAGGCAGCGAUGUGAAAAUUGCUCUUUCAAUCACACGGCCAUAAGAUUAACUCAAGUGCUCUCUCAUGCUCAAAAAACAAAGCACAAAAGGUGUCUUCAAUAUGGCGCAAACAAACAACCUUUCUUGGCUUCACUUUCUUGCUACCCCAGGCCUGGUUGGUUGGGUCGCCAGUCCGCUGCCUUGCGCGUAGAGGCGACGAGACGUACAGUGCACCAGCAAAUGUCACUCUUGGUGCAUCUGUGCUACUGCACGUCGAGCGAUGUUUAGGAACAGACGGCCACCAAAACUGUUAUAGAUUAUAAAACAUUUUAUGUAUUAAUGCUUAACGUAAAUAAAUAGUACUGAUCAGAAAACUAAAUAAAAAUUUCAAAAAUACAUUGUCUUAUUUUGAGAAAUUCUACUUUGUGGUUAGUUACCUUCUUCACUCGAAAUUUCAAGCGUUCAUCAGUAUUAAGUUAGGGUUUGGCUCAAGAAAAUAUACACAUUUGAACUACUUGUAUCAGAGCCAAAAAAAAAAAUAUAUAUGGUUUACAUUCAUUGGUUCUUUUGUGACUUCGAGUCACAUUUUUAUGACAUAAAUGUUUAAAUUGCUUGAAAAGAGACUUUACUUACAGCUGACUUGAAUUCGCUGAUGAAGUCGUCCUAGCCCAAUCGAUACCUGUGAAAAAUGCAGCAACGAGGUCUAAAGUAUUAUUAUUAUUUAAGAUUUUGAUCUUAGCGUUGCCUUUGAUAAUUAUCUCAAUUAGUAAUAAUAGAUUAUUUUCUAUUCGUAACACAAAAUUAAAUAUUUUGUCUUAUGAUAGAUGGUAUGAAUAGUAGUUAUGAUCAUUACAAUUAAUUUUAGCGAUAUAGAUUAUAUGUAUUGUCCAUUAAAAUUAAUUUCAAAUUGGUAACUGGGUGGUUGUGUAAUGUCGCGAAAAUCUUGUACGUAGUUCAAAUGCUUGAAACCAAAUAGCUUGAUAGUUAACCCUCGCCUGUCGCCGAUGCUAUGACAGUAGUAGUCUGGUACCUAUCGGUGAUACGGGAACAGCUUAUGGGAAGUGCACUGUAUCAUGCAUCUCCAGAGCUGCGUGGUGACCAAACAAGCUGCCGCAAUAGCACCCUUUGGACCGCCUGACGCACGUCGUCUUUAUCGAGUCUGCAAAUAUCUGCUGUCGACUUGUUUGCUCCGCGGACAGACCUCCGAGGACAUUGUAACGGCGCCACUGGUAUAUGCUGUGUGCGCAUUUCCUGUAUUCGGCUCUUUGGUACAUGCCGUGUCCGCAUUUACUGAACACGACUCUUUGGUACAUGCCGUGUCCGCAUUUAUUGUACACGACUCUUUGGUACAUGCCGUGUCAGCAUUUACUGAACACGACUCUUUGGUACAUGCCGUGUCCGCAUUUACUGAACACGACUCUGUGGUACAUGCCGUGUCCGCAUUUACUGAACACGACUCUGUGGUACAUGCCGUGUCCGCAUUUACUGAACACGACUCUGUGGUACAUGCCGUGUCCGCAUUUACUGAACACGACUCUUUGGUACAUGCCGUGUCCGCAUUUACUGUAAACGACUCUUUGGUACAUGCCGUGUCCGCAUUUACUGUAAACGACUCUUUGGUACAUGCCGUGUCCGCAUUUCCUGUAAACGACUCUUUGGUACAUGCCGUGUCCGCAUUUCCUGUACUCGGCUCUUUGGUACAUGCCGUGUCCGCAUUUACUGUAAACGACGCUUUGGUACAUGCCGUGUCCGCAUUUACUGUAAACGACGCUUUGGUACAUGCCGUGUCCGCAUUUCCUGUACUCGGCUCUUUGGUACAUGCCGUGUCCGCAUUUACUGUAAACGACGCUUUGGUACAUGCCGUGUCCGCAUUUACUGUAAACGACUCUUUGGUACAUGCCGUGUCCGCAUUUCCUGUACUCGGCUCUUUGGUACAUGCCGUGUCCGCAUUUACUGUAAACGACGCUUUGGUACAUGCCGUGUCCGCAUUUACUGUAAACGACGCUUUGGUACAUGCCGUGUCCGCAUUUCCUGUACUCGGCUCUUUGGUACAUGCCGUGUGCGGAUUUACUGAACACGACUCUUUGGUACAUUUGCCGUGUGCGCGUUUCCUUUACACAACUUUGACGCAUAAUUUUUGAUCAUUUUUGUACGCAAUUUUAUGGGCCAGUCUAUAUUUUCAUAGGCUUCGGAAUAAACAAACACCGAGUCGGUUACUACAUAAGUGAUGGGUAACCCACUAUGUUUUGGACGUCUGAUAUUUUAACCCUGUCUAUAUUUUAUAUACAUUUUGAAGUGAAACUUAUUUUCUGAGGGCUACAUUUUUCUAGCGUUACGAUAAUUCCGAUCGCAUGAGGGGGAACCGGUAGAGCAAAGAGUGCGUCAGUGACGACGCCACUCCAACGCAUGGUCUAGCGGUCGAAUGGGAAGAUGGAGAAAGAGGUGAAGGGAAAGGUACACCGCGGAGCAUGCUGUAUGCUAGUAGUAACGGCCAGAAGGGGAUAUGGCAGGGAAGAGGUAGAAAUGACGCAGCAGUUAUGCUAAAGAAUUCUCGUAACGCUGCUUGUGUUUGUCCACUCAGUUUUCGCAACGGCGAACUAUUAAAAGCUACCUACCAAAUAUAUUUUAUUUAAACUAUCUACAAUUUAUUUAUUCGUGUGGAAAAUAGUUAAUUAGUGCAAUUAACUUUAUAAAUAUCAUUCUUUUUUAUGUAAAUAGUGUGAUUGAAAAUGUAAAAAAGACUUAUAGACUUAGGCUUUUUAAGUGUAAUUAAUUUAUGCUAUGUGAACAUUGUGAUUUGAAAGUCGAAAGGACGUAUAGACCGUUGAGAUAAGACUUAUAAGUGUAAUUUAUGUUCGAUUCAAGUGGUUUUUUGUUGAUUCAUUUUAUUCAGCUGGAGAUCGUGAUUUAACAUCAUGCCUAAAAUUAAUAAAAAAAAGUCGAAGGCGGUACGAGGUGUUAUCAAAGUCAAUGUGGGAAUAAACGGCCAAAAGAGGCCCAAACACGUGCUAGUGAACCGAUGCGAGAGUACAGGACGCGGAAAAAGGCAUUUUUUUUUUAUUUCCGAUCAUACCCGUGUCCGUAUUAUUCUCAAUUAUUAUUUCUUGUUCGAUUAAAAAAUACUAAUAGUUUAUCUAUAUCCCUAAUAAGCAAGAAGUUUCACUUCUAUCGCGCUUGGACUCUACGUAUAUGUAUGUAUGUGUGUGUAUGCAUAUAUAGGCUAUGUAUAUAUACAUAUACAGGUUAAUUAUAAAGUCCGUGAAACAUUUCAUAAAAUCGGUACAGCGAAAUGGAAAAGAAUAACGUAACAAAUUAUAUACCGCGUGAAACAACAACUCUCAAAGUUUUUUUUAAUGUAGCGCCAAAAAGCUAUUUUAAAAAACAACCGACAGGGGCGCUAGUGCAUAUAGUUGCUGAAAAUGGCUGCGAACCAGGCAGAGAAAACCUUUUGUGUGCUUGAAUACGCCCGUAGCGAAUCGGUAGUGAGUGUCCAAAGAGGUUUCCGUGGCAAGUUUAACAAAACACCACCAGUUUACAAUAGCAUAAUGAAGUGGUACAAGAAAUUCGAGGAAGACGGCUGUUUGUGCAACGCAAAACGGUCGGGUCGGCCAGGCGUGUCACAACAGACAGUGGAUUGUGUACGGGACGUGAUGGUGCGGAGUCCCAAGAAGUCAACUUAUCGGGCUGGUGCAGAAUUGAAUUUCCCUCAGCCAACUGUGUGGAAAAUUCUUCGUAAGCGAUUAAGAGUGAAGCCGUACAAAUUGCAGCUUCUGCAAGCCAUCAGCCAAAAUGUCAAAAAGGCUCCGACUGCAUUUCUGCAUUGCCAUGCAGAACUGUCUUGAAGACGAUGACUUUGCAAGCAAAUUAAUCUUCAGUGACGAAGUGGGGGACAGAGAAUCCACAUGCAACUCUCGAACACGUCCGAGAUUCGCCAAAAGUUAACGUGUUCUGUGCCAUGUCAAACAAGACAGUUUAUGGCCCCUUCUUCUUCGCUGAGAGAACUGUCACUGGUAUCACCUACCUCGACAUGCUGCAAUUGUGGCUUAUGCCACAACUUGAAGCUGAUAGCAGGGACUUCAUCUUCCAACAAGAUGGUGCUCCACCUCAUUACCACAAUGUGGUACGAGAUUAUCUGAAUGAGACGUUGCCACAUCGCUGGAUGGGCCGUGGGGCGGCCGCUGACCAAGUGCUACUCCCGUGGCCACCGCUAUCACCGGAUUUGACACCUUGCGAUUGUUUCUUGUGGGGAUAUAUGCAGGAUAGUGUUAAUGUUCCACUUCUACCACAGAACCUUGACGAAUUGAGACACCGCAUCGUAGUAGCUGCUCUUACCAUCACUCCUGAUAUUCUGGGUCGGGUAUAUGCAGAAUUAGACUAUAGAUUAGAUGCGUGUCGUGUGACGCAAGGUGGACACGUAGACCAUUUAUAAUUAGUGGGAAAAAAACUUUGAGAGUUUUUCUUUCACGUGGUAUAUAAUUUGUUAUAUAAUUCUUAGCCAUUUCACUGUACCGAUUUUUGGAAAUGUUUCACGGACUUUAUAAUUAUCCUGUAUAUGUAUAUGUGUGUGUGUGUGUGUGUGUGUGUGUAUAUAUAUAUAUAUAUAUAUAUAUGGGGUAGGUAUUAUAAAGUGACACCGACGAUAUAGUAAAAAAAAUUAUAUUGACAUCUACAUACAUUAGUUCGGCUUCAAUCGCAAAGUUUGUUGCAUUUUAUGCCGUUGUUUUUACCUAGGACAGUUUCGAUGGAUGUUCCACUUUGUAAACGGAAAUGAGUGUUUUGCAGCAAGUUUUGCCGCUAGAUAUACGCUACACGUGAUCUGCUCUUCAUAAUUAACUUGUUUUCCUGACUUAAUUGCUUGUGUUUUUUCAACUGUACAGAUUUUGAGUUGACGUGAGCUUGUACUGAUGGGUUACGCAUAUGGAAUAGCCAUUAUAGUUGGAAUAAAUGCUUUAGCUCUGUAACUGUUGGAGCGGUAAGUGCGAUUUGGGAUAUUACUGGGUUAACAACACUCCUGCUAUCAUGUGAAGGUGUAAAUGUCAGGAUGUUUGUAACUCAAUCGCGUCUUUUAUUAUUAAAAAAAAAAAUUAUGACUUUUGUAACAAAGGUAACCUAUAUAUUUAAUAGUAAAUAUCUUGCUUUUCCGCCCAUAAAAAGCACAGUUCCGCAGUGAACAGCCAUUACAUUCAGGUUACAAAGAUAAGGCGCUGCAUUCUGAGGCUGACGGUGCCACUGACAUAAGUCUCAUAUAUAAAAUGAGCAUUUCUCCACCAGAAGAUGAAACUAGGAAAAAUAAAUUAAGUAAUUCAAAAGCUUUGAACUGUGGCUUCAAACUCGCAACUUUUAUACUUCCAACUUUUUUUUUCAAGGGCAAUAUAAAGUGGGAAAUGUAUCCUGAAACCUCUUCCGCUGAUCACCGUGUUGGCCUGCAUAAAUAAUGUUCAAUUAUUCUCUUCUUUCGUAACCGAGUCGAACAAGUGUGACAUUUAUUUGUAAAUGCAUUUUGACUUUUUAAAAGUACGAGAAUGCAUUAAAUGCAUUGCAUCUAGUAUGUAUUGAAAUAACUCCACAUACCUUUAAACAUUAUUUUAAUCCAGGAAUGAAAUAAUGACAUUUUUCCCCCCUUAAUUAUUUUGUACAUAAUAAAACCUUACUUAAUGUUUAAAAAAUUCUGCAUAAAUCAAUUUAGUAUUAAUGAUUAGAUAGGAUACCAAAUUGCUUAAUACCUCUGCAAAAAUAGUAUGAGGAGUUUCCCAACGUAUUAGUGUGAUUCAAAAAUUAUGCAAAUUGAAUUGUGUCAUUGAAAAGAAUUGUUUAAACGUUUCAGAGUUGAAAAAGUAGCACAUUUAAGGCUGCAAAAAGUUUGACGUAGACCACUGGAGCCCUUAGUGUGCAAUUAUACAAAUGAGUGUUAUCAAGUAAAAUCAUACUUAUAUAUAUACAUAUACAUAUUAUAUAUAUAUAUAUAUAUAUAUAUAUAUAUAUAUUCGCGAUAGGGAUGAGAGUAAUAUUUCAAGAUGGUUUUACGUCUUUUUUUUUAUCCGCAAGCGAAAAGCAACCGGCCUGAGCAGUAAAAGCGGUUCUUCGGUCAAACGCAUUGCGGACAGUCCCCGCCAAACGCCUUUGUUGUCGGCUGACGGUUUAUUGUAAUUUAUCCGCUGGAGUGACUGGGAAUGCCACACGUCCUGGCCGUGUACCGGUGUGCAGGCGUGUUGACUGAUGGGCUCUGUGAACGUCACGCCCGUUGGCACUGGCAAAUAUGAUCGCACAGAUGAUUGCGACGAUCGUACUUUGCAGGCCAUCCGCUUUCUGGUUAAGUCGGGGUGAAAAUCGGGGCAAAGUCCGGGAAGUUGAAAAUUGGUCAGGGAAAUUCGAGGAAUUUACUUUGAAUCCUGGUGAAGUCACGGAAAUUCCCCGGUGAUAAUAAUUUGAGAGGAAAAUAUAUUCCAGUCUGCCAUCACUCAGACUGAAUUUUUUUUUCGGAUGGUGUUUUAUUUUAUUGUAUAGUCAUACACUAUAAACUGACAUAGGUUGUGUUUGAACUAGUUAAGCUGUGGAGGCUGUAUUUUCAUUUCUUUAAGAAAAUUGCCAGACCUGUAAAAGUCAGGGAAAUUUGUAAUUUUGGUGACGGAGCGUUAAGGAAAUGUUAUAUAGUUGUGUGGCCACCCUGCUUCGAUGCUCGGGUCCGAGCUGUGACCCCGUGCACCAGGGUGCUCACGGCAGGACGAGUCUGCGUCGGUUCCCCGUUACCUUCCGCGCGAGGACUACACACCAGCCAGUCCUGCCCCGAGAGGGAGGUGUCCACAAGUGAAGAACCCCGAAGCCAGAGUCUGAGGGCGGACACGUCACAUCAUCACAGGUGUAGACAGGAACGUCGGAACGUUUUCAUGAUUGGGGGAGCGAAAAGAUGUAUCACUUACCUCAGUCCUAGAGCGGGGGAUGGCCCUCCCCCGGAAAAUUUUGGAAUUUUAGAUGCAAAAUUGUGCUAUUUAAAGAGUUUCCGAACCAAAAUAUUAAAUAUACCAUUCCAAGAAUUUGAUGACGUAGUAUGUAUUAAAUACUACUCUGACAGUAGAUGUAGUACAAUUUAAAUAAAAUACUAUCUAGGAAUUAGCAAUCAUUUUACAGUAUAUUGACAAUCAUAAAUUUGAUUUUCUAAUCAAUGUGAUUACCAAUGCAACGUUUGUAACUACUGGUUGAGAAAAAUACUACUAGGACCAAACAUUUAUUCAGGGAAAAGGAGGGGGGCGAAAUGCUACUCUCGCCCCCCCCCCCCAUGCAUAACAGCACGGGGGCGACUCGCCCCUGCUGCCCCCCCCCCUGUUCCGACGUCCCUGGGUUUAGAUAUUCACGUGAUACAUCAUACGACAAUAUUACAGGAUUAAAAUCUUCAAUAACGUAACAGUUAUUGAUAAAUAAACUUAUUUUCACACACGUGCGUGUAUAUAUGUAUGUAUGUAUAUAUAUAUAUAUAUAUAUAUAUAUAUAUAUAUAUAUAUAUAUGGCCUUUAAUCACCGCAGGACCUGCCUUGAUAUUUUUAAAUAACUAGGUUUUUAAGGACCGUUUUAUAAAGAACAGUACAAGUUAUUCUAAGCGCGUUUCGUAAAACGUUUGAGUUUUAGCCUAUCAGCACUCACAAUGAAUUAAUGAAUGUGUUUGUCUCGUCUUUAGAGACGGUUGAAGGGGGAGGGGGGAUGUGUGAUGGGAGAGUUAUUAACGGAACGGAUCCGUGAGAGUAAAUGGGGGUACUCGGAGAACCAGCGCAAUCAAGCAGCCGCACGCGAAGAAAGUCCCGCGCGUAGCGACGGCAACAGUUACCAGCCCUGGGGCGUCGACAGUACCCGGAGUCCAAGCCUUGCGGCUGGGCUUCGGUUGAUGGAAUUAUUUCUGAUGAAUCCUCACUGCUUUGAGGGUCCCGCCUACCUGGACACACGCACGGUAUUCAGAAGUGAUAUAAUAACUCAAUAUAUCCAAGUGUAGCCAUAAAGAUUGCGUGAUAGUCAACAGCCUUAUACUUAGAGGCGACACCUCGCUAGAAGAACCAGCGAGCAUCGCUCUUACCAUCCCGCCUCUCUAACACACAUACACACAAAAACUAGAUAGGCCUCUAAAGUCUGUUUUAAUCUCAGUAUUAGUUAUUUUUGUUUCCAUUAUUAGUAACUAUUAAAAAUAGAAAUAAUUCCUUUAAAUAGCUCUCUGGCAUUUGUUGUUGUGUGAGAAAAUUUCUCUCUAGAUAUUUGCUAAACGUUAUUUUCAAGCAGUAAAAUUCCACGCAUGUAAUACCAAUUAUGGAAAAUUAUGUGCAUUUUUACCAUUAUUGGAUAAUUUUUGGUAAAUAUAGGUCUGGAAUGGAUAUAGAAAUUUAAUAAAUGCAGUUGUGUGCAUUACCUAAUAUUUACACUAUUCAUUAAUUUGUGACAAUUUAACUGUCUGUCCACAUUAUGUCCACAAUUCACUCUCCCCCACUGGAGCUCGGCUCGACGGUGGCUCUAUCUACUGCUGGUCUCUUACCGCGUGCCUCUGUCCCAGCACACCGCCUCGCACUACUCACUUCUCGUUCACGAAGUCCGCCCUCGCCGUCCGCCAGCGCUCACCAAGGGGCCCACUGUCCUGUCCUCGCAGGACGCUCCCGAGGACUUGCCUGUGUUGCCAUCAGCCUCUUGUCAUUCUAACAUCUGGAAAGGUCUCGAAGCUCUCCGAAGUGUCGCGUCAUCACUCGAAGCUCCGGGAACAAUAGCGUUCUAGUGGCACAGGGGCUCUGGAACCCUCUUGAAGCGGGGAGAGAGGCGGCGCUCCUAAUCGGAUUACGGCAGAGUGUAGGGGGGAGGGGACCUCUCUGUGGGAGGUGGGGGCCCUCCCUGGACCCCCCCCCCCCCCCCUGCUGGCCGGCCUGCCUCGUGUGAGGUUGAGCGCGGUGACCACAGACACCGCGUGGUGACACCUGAGGUCUCUGCUGGCAGGCUAAACACGGAGCAUGCCCUGGCACUGUGUGUGAACCGUCCGACCGGGCAGUGUUCACCAGAAUAUCUAGUAAUACUGUUCCGUGUGAACCACUAGAGCACAAGAAUAUUUGUUACAUGCUGCACUGUGUGUUCUAAGCAAAAAGAGACCUUUCUAGGAAUUAGUCAUACUAACAUAAGAAUAAGUUGUCAUGAGCCAAAUGAUCUGCAUGAAAUGUGAAAGUUUACAACAUAAAUUAAUUCCAGUCUCGCACUUUCUUACCCAUUCUCGUAUCUAUAAAUCAGAAACAGAAAAUGAAAAUGGGAAGCUAUAUUACGAAACGCGAUGGUAGGUGUGUAGAUUUCCGCUCUCGAUUUGUUAAUGCACGCUGGGAGAAACUUAAAGUUAGCCGUUACGGGAAGGGACUUGUUUUUUGGAAAGUUGAUGUCCCAAGUACAACGCUCAUCCUUCCCACAUUCUGCACGUGCGUCAUUAAGGAGUUCAAUCCGCAGAUACUGGCCUCCAAGCAUGCCCUAUCGCCGUGGUCUGUGCCCGCCAGCAUGUCUCGCAUGCCGCAACGCGGCAUGAGCAGCAGAUAUCGACUCGCCAGUUGCGCCAUCAUCACGGAGAGUUGCGAUAACCCGCGAUUGGUACGACCACUAUUGCUAUUUAGAUAGUCUACGUUUAUUGCAAGAAGUUCCUUCGGUCUGUUUCUGCCAUGGGGUUGCAGUCAACAGCACAAGUCGAUAUCGCCCAUCGCCACUGACUGUCGAACUGUCGCCUCUACCUUCUGGUCCAUCGGCCGUGAGGCAUGGGAUGCACUCUGGUACCUCGAGUGGCAGAACGUGUGUGUGUGUGUGGUCCUUGACGACGGAGCCAGAUCUGGAC